GUUAGGUUAUGUGCUAAUUUUAAGUCUGCCUGGCCUGGCCUGGCAAUCAAAUUGUAUUCUUUCUUUCUAAGUUUAUUGAUUUUCACUAUCUUAGCGGCAUUAUAUUACCAUGCGGAGGACAGAAUUCAGUAUAUUUCAAAGUUGCAGUUCCUCUAUGGGAAUCUAAAAGUACCCAUAAUUAUUGUCCUAGACUAACAUUGUGAAACCUGAAUUUAUCUGGCGUUGAAAAUGAACUUCCUUCGGCAAGGUCUCUCGAGAGCUUGGAAUUCGUUCAACAGUUCAAUGAUGUCCUCACUAUCAUCUCCUAUGAGUACCCUUUCUUCUUUCAGUACUGUUUCCGAGAGUAAACCACUAUUGUCGUCAUCCGUGCUACCAUUAUUUAAUUCCAUCAGAGGAGUGAAAGCUGAACACUCAAUUCUCUACUGGAUGCAUAAAACAGGCCCAAUCAAGAAGGUAAGACCAAAUCGUAAUCCGCUGGAUGGGAAUCCAUUUAAGAAAGGUGUUGUCCUGAAAACAUUGAUCAAAAAGCCUAAGAAGCCCAAUUCUGCGAACCGAAAGUGUGUCCUAGUUCGUUUGUCUAAUGGUAAGGAGUUGACUGCUUAUGUACCGGGAGAGGGACACAACUUACAAGAACACAGUGUUGUUCUUGUCCGUUGUGGUCGACUGAAAGAUGUACCCGGUGUAAAAAUUAAAUGUGUUCGCGGUAAAUAUGACUUACCUCAUGUUCAGAAAAAGACUAUGUUAUGAGUUUUUUUCAAAGAUGUUAAAUAGUUUUUUUUAUCUUUCUUACUGUUAAUAUUUUGUUUCUGAUGGAGUGCUGAACACUAUCAGGUUUUCAUUCUGAGUUAUUUCGGGAUUUCUGCUGAUAUCUUCUCAGGAAUAAAGCUGCAAGUGUUUUCUUAUCUUGA